UCUAGCUACGGGUACAGCAGCCUAUGGAUACAGCAGCAUGAUGACAGGGACACACUGCAGAGGGGAUCCCAGCUACAGAUACAGCAGUGUACUGAAAUGGACACACUGCAGAGGGGAUUCCAGCUAUGGAUACAGCAGCAUGAUGACAGGGACACACUGAGGUACUGCAGUGUACUGACGGGGACACAUUGCAGAAGGGAUCCCAGCUACGGGUAUAGUAGCGUGAUGACAGGGACACACUGCAGAGGGGAUCCCAGCUACGGGUACAGCAGCAUACUGACGGGGAUACACUGCAGAGGGGAUCCCAGCUACGGGUACAGCAGCGUGAUGACAGGGACACACUGCAGAGGGGAUCCCAGCUACGGGUACAGCAGCGUACCGACGGGGACACACUGCAGAGGGGAUCCCAGCUACGGUUACAGCAGCGUGAUGACAGGGACACACUGCAGAGGGGAUCCCAGCUACGGGUACAGCAGCAUACUGACGGGGACACACUGCAGAGGGGAUCCCAGCUACAGGUACAGCAGCGUGAUGACAGGGACACACUGCAGAGGGUAUCCCAGCUACGGGUACAGCAGCAUACUGACGGGGACACACUGCAGAGGGGAUCCCAGCUACGGGUACAGCAGCGUCAUGACGGGGACACACUGCAGAGGGGAUUCCAGCUACAGGUACAGCAGUGUACUGACGGGGACACACUGCAGAGGGGAUCCCAGCUACGGGUACAGCAGCAUAAUGACGGGGACACACUGCAGAGGGGAUCCCAGCUACAGGUACAGCAGUGUACUGACGGGGACACACUGCAGAGGGGUUCCCAGCUAUGGGUACAGGAGCGUCAUGACGGGGACACACUGCAGAGGGGAUUCCAGCUACAGGUACAGCAGUGUACUGACGGGGACACACUGCAGAGGGGAUCCCAGCUACGGGUACAGCAGCAUAAUGACGGGGACACACUGCAGAGGGAAUCCCAGCUACAGGUACAGCAGCAUACUGACGGGGACACACUGCAGAGGGGAUCCUAGCUAUGGGUACAGCAGCAUACUGACGGGGGCACACUAUAGAGGGGAUCCCAGCUACGGGUACAGCAGCAUGCUGACGGGGACACACUGCAGAGGGGAUUCUAGCUAUGGGUACAGCAGCACACUGACGGGGCACACUAUAGAGGGGAUCCCAGCUACGGAUACAGUAGCAUGCUGACGGGGACACACUGCAGAGGGGAUCCCAGCUACAGGUACAGCAGCGUACUAAUGGGGACACACUGCAGAGGUACGGGUACACCAGCGUACCGACGGGGACACACUGCAGAAGGGAUCCCAGCUACGGGUACAGCAGCAUACUGACGGGGACACACUGCAGAGGGGAUCCCAGCUACGGGUACAGCAGCAUACUGACGGGGACACACUGCAGAGGGGAUCCCAGCUACGGGUACAGCAGCAUACUGACAGGGACACACUACAGAGGGGAUUCUAGCUACGGGUACAGCAGCAUACUGACAGGAAACCCACUGCAGAGGGGAUCCUAGCUACGGGUACAGCAGUGCACUCACGGGGCACACUCUGCAGAGGGGAUCCCAGCUAUGGGUACAGCAGCAUGCUGACGGGUACACACUGCAGAGGGGAUCCCAGCUAUGGGUACAGCAGCAU